ACAUUUUUUCGAAACCCAUGCAUCUUGGUACCUGAUACUGAGACGCAAAGCUCUGUAAAUGGUGUUGCUCGUGGAUAUAUAAGAGAGAGGGAUCGGAGUCUUGGGGCAUUCACUCGAGUCACUCUUGGUUUUCACUCGCCUCAACGCAGCUCAAAGAAUCAGAAUAGAAAAUGGCCCUCGCCGCUAACCUCGAUGCUGGAAAGGUGAAAGCCGCCCUGGACGGCUGCGCAGCUGCUGAUUCCUUCAAUUACAAGAAGUUCUUCGCCGCCUGUGGCCUGGCCAGCAAGAGCGCUGAUGAGAUCAAGGUUGCCUUCGGCAUCGUUGACCAGGAUGCCAGUGGCUACAUUGAGGAGGAAGAGCUGAAGCUGUUCCUGCAGAACUUCUCCGCAAGUGCCAGAGCACUCACCGACAAGGAGACCAAGGAAUUCCUUGCCGCUGGUGACAGUGAUGCUGAUGGCAAGAUCGGAGUCGAUGAGUUUGCUGUCCUUGUUAAGGCAUAAUAAUUUCCAUUGACCGGGAUCAACCUCUUUUCACGGAACUGCGAACGCCUUGCAAGAUUCAGUAAUCAUCAGCUGAAAGAAUAUUUUUUAUAUCUUAUUUAUGAGUUGCCUGCGGAAUAUUUCUCAACAUGGAACACAUAUUUUACUGUUAAUGUUAUUCAGGUGUGUUAUAUGUUCUGAAAAAUGACUUGUGCAAACUGUACAACACCAUCUGCAGAUCUGAGGAUGAGUGAAAAACCAGGAAUAAAUACUCUUUUGGUGUAAAGUCAA